AUGGGCACCAAGAUGGUCUUCGCAUCGGUAGCACACCCACAGACCAAUGGUCAAGUGGAGGUAGUUAACAAAAUCAUUAAAAAGCUUUUGAAGAAGAAAUUAGAUGACACCAAGGGUCUAUGGGCACAGAAGCUGCCGGAGGUAUUAUGGGCAAUCAAAGCCACAGCAACAGAAGCAACGGGAGAAACCUUUUUCUCCUUGGCCUUUGGCACGGAGGCUGUCUUGCCGAUCGAGACGUCAAUACCAUCGAGAAGGGUCGAGAACUUUGAUGCCACAACCAAUGAAGAAGGCCUCCAGUUGAAUAUUAACCUCAUCGAGGAAAGGAGGGAGAGAGCAGACUUGCACAAUCAAGUCUAUAAGCAGCGAGUUGCACGCCAUUACAAUAGCAAAGUCAGGACUCGGACAUUGGGACUGAGAGACUGGGUAAUGAAGAAAAUCAUGACCAAGACGGCGGGCUUGGAUCCAACUUGGGAAGGGCUGUACGAGAUUGUUGAAGAGGUUGGCCCAACAACUUUCUUUCUCCGGGAUCAAGAUGGGGUGGACACCGAGCGCCCUUGGAAUACAGAGUACCUGAAAUUCUACCAAGUGUAA